GCGGGCACCAAGCAACGAUCUUCAAAUUUUUGCCUGUAGAGCCGGCUGCAGCUUCUAGAGCCGGCUCUCUACACUUCCAUUUCACCAGAGCCGGCUGCAACUUUUAAGAGCCGGCUCUCUGCACAUUUUGAAUCCUUUUGGUCUAUUUUUAGUGCAAUCCAAGUUUACUUGUAAUCUUUUAGCAACUUAACUACACACUUAAAUAAACCAAUUAGUCACUCAAAUGUGUUUUGUAAUCAUCAAAAUCAUAGGUACAACAGGUUUCACACAAACCCAGGUCUGGGUUCCUCUCGAAACCCAGCAUUGGGUCCGUGGGAGAACCCAGCACUGGGUUCCACAAGGGAACCCAGAUCUGGGUUUCGCACGAGCCCAGUGCUGGGUUCACAAGGAACCCGGAUCUGGGUUCCUCAUGAAACCCAGCACUGGGUUAACGAGGAACCCAGAGCUGGGUUUCGCAUAAACCCAGGUCUGGGUUCCUCUCGAAACCCAGCAUUGGGUCCGCAGGAGAACCCAGCACUAGGUUUCACAGGGGAACCCAGAUCUUGGUUUCGCACGAGCCCAAUGCUGGGUUAUGAUUUUGUUUUUCUUUUUUAUUUUAAGUGUAUCUAUCCAAAAUGAAAAUAAAUUUUCAUAUUCAGU